AUGCUUAUUUAUCAUGAUUAUUCAGCAGCUCCCUUGGGGAAAAAGAUUGAAGAAGAAGAGAAAGAAGAGAAAGAUGAAAGGACAACAAGGAUGCGAGAAGGGGAAGAGAGGGAGACAGACACAAAGGGCGAAGGGGAGGAGAAGACGGAGACGAACACGACAUCCCCAUCCUUCAGCUUUUCUCCUUUUGCAUGA